AGAGGUUCAGGCUGCCCUUGGCGCUGCCGCUCCCGGAGGUCGCUGCGUUAGGCGUUCGCUGGAGACAGCCCUGAGCUGAGGGGGCCUGACCGGGGCUCGGUGCAGGCUCAGUAGGCGCGGGUCCUGCUGGACGCAGACGCAGUGAGCGUGAGUGGCGAUAGGCAUGGACGACGAAGAGGAGACCUACCGGCUUUGGAAAAUUCGCAAAACCAUCAUGCAGCUGUGCCAUGACCGUGGCUACCUGGUGACCCAGGAUGAGCUGGACCAGACGCUGGAGGAGUUCAAGGCCCAGUUCGGGGACAAGCCGAGUGAAGGGCGGCCACGGCGCACAGACCUCACAGUGCUGGUGGCCCACAAUGAUGACCCCACUGACCAGAUGUUUGUCUUCUUCCCAGAGGAGCCCAAAGUGGGGAUCAAGACCAUCAAGGUGUACUGCCAGCGCAUGCAGGAGGAGAACAUCACUCGCGCCCUCAUCGUGGUACAACAGGGCAUGACGCCCUCCGCCAAACAGCUGGGGGCGUGGCUGAGCCUAAGGAGUGGUCUCUUCCAGUCCCUGGUCGACAUGGCCCCGAAAUACAUCCUGGAGCAGUUUCUGCAGCAGGAGCUACUCAUCAACAUCACAGAGCAUGAGCUGGUCCCAGAGCACGUCGUCAUGACCAAAGAGGAGGUGACAGAGCUGCUGGCCCGGUAUAAACUCCGAGAGAAUCAGCUGCCCAGGAUCCAGGCUGGAGACCCAGUGGCGCGCUACUUUGGGAUAAAGCGGGGACAGGUGGUGAAGAUCAUCCGGCCCAGCGAGACUGCGGGCAGGUACAUCACCUACCGGCUGGUGCAGUAGCCACCCCACAGCUCCUGGGACUUGGACAGAUGGACUGUGACCACCCUACCCUGGCAGUGGUAUGCUGGCAGCCUGCCCUGAGGGCAUCUGCUCGACCCAACCCUGAGGCAGGCUGCCACCCAUUUGCCUUUCUUGGGCUGAGGGCCCUCGUGGCCUCACCUGGACAUGGAGCCCAUCUGGGAUCCCGAGUGACUCAGAAGGGGAUAGGACACCGAGAGGAGACUGCUGUGGCAGCCAGUGACCAAGACAGUCCUGGGUCCUCGCCUGCCCUCCCUGGGCACCCCAAGCUGGCUCCCCACAAGAGGGGCAUGGGUCCAAGUCUUUGGUCAGCUUCCCCUUCCUUUCAGCUUCCCAUUGCCAUGUCCUCCCCACAGUGGCUGUAUCCCUGUCUGUGAGCAUUCAGGGCAGCUAGCAGCAAGAUUAAAACAUUUCUGGAUUUUCA